AUGAAUGUCAAGUACGCAAAUGCUGAAGGACUUGGCUAUGGAAGUCUCAUGUUCAGACUCACUGUGUUCCUGAGGUAUGAAGGCAAUGAGAAGAUUCAGAAGAAAACCCUGAUAGUGAAAACAGUUCUUGAGUCUGGUCAGCUGAAGGAUCUGACAGAAAAAUGCGAUGUUUUCAAGGUCGAAGGAGAAAUGUUGUACGAUGUCAUGCCAAAGAUCCAUGAGCAGUUGGCGGUGCUGGAGGGUGAAGAGUUCCGGCCACUGGCAGCCAGGUGCUACCAAUGGGGCCGGGAGCCCGCGACUUACAUCGUGCUGGAGGACCUCUCACCUACUGGCUUCAGGCUGGCUCAGGCUGGCCAACCGCUAGACUUGAAACACUGUGCAGUGGCGCUGCGAGCAUACGCUCGGCUGCACGCCGCUUCAGCCUACCUGCUCACUAAAGAGCCCCACUACAAGGAGGAGUUCUACGUUGCAUAUGAAAGAAUGGAGCAGAUCAAGACGCAAACAAAGCUUUCAGUUUUGACUCACGGUGACUGCUGGAAGAACAACAUGAUGUUUAAAUAUAUGAAUGGAGAAGUUUCAGAAGUCCGCCUGGUUGAUUUUCAGUGCUCAUCAGUAACCAGCCCGGCCUCGGACCUGCUGUACUUCCUGUACGCGAACGCCAGCGAAGACGUCCACCGGCACCACGUGGAGGACCUGCUGCGCGAGUACCACAGCACGCUGGUGGGCCUGCUGCGGCGUCUGGGACUGGAACAACAGGCAGAUGCCUACACCUUCGAGGAGCUGAAGAAGGACAUGGACUACUGCCUAAUCAUCGGCGUUUUCUUUAGCACCAUAAGUGGAAUCAUCCUCACUUCCGAGGAACACGGCGCGGACUACGCAGAAGCGAUGAACGAUCCAAAAAAGCUAUUGAGGCGUCGUCCAAUGAGUACCUCCACUGAAGAACAAUCGCACCCACAAUGGAUCAACCCCGAUUUCUUGCAGGCUGCUCUGAAACAGGAAGAACCUCCGGGAGAAGACAUAAUAGAAUCGAUAAGUGUUGAAAAUGCGUGCCCAGAAGGCUCCGGCUAUAUCAGCCGCAUCUUCAGAGUGGCUGUCUGCACCAGGGUCAAAGGAACGUCCGAGCGUGCAGAGAGACGCCUGAUAGUGAAGUGCUCUGCCGACGAAGGGCUGGUGAAGGCCGAGGCGGACAAGGCAGGGGUGUUCAGGGUGGAGUCCCUGGCACUGGGCAGCGUGAUGCCGGAGGUCCACAGGCUCCUGGCAGCUGUCGAAGGGAGCGCUUUCCGCCCCCUGGCUGCGCGCUGCCUCCGCUGCGGCGACCACCCGGCGGACUUCCUGGUGCUCGAAGACUUGGCCGCCACGGGCUUUGUGAUGGCGGAAGCGGGCCGCCCGCCGGACUACGAGCACUGCGCAGCCGUACUGAAGGCCUACGCACGUCUCCACGCCGCUUCGGCGAGGGUCCUCAGAGAUCGCGCCGACUGCAGAGAACGUCUGAGGGCAGACCCACUGGCCAGCGUGCGGGAUUACAUGCUGCUGCUGACCGGGGGCACAUUCAGGGCUCUGGCGGACCAACUGAAAGCGUAUCCCGAGUACUCCAAGUACGCCGACAGGUACUUACAAAUCAGGGAUGAUACAGUGGAUCGAGUAUUGGAGGAGCGGAGCAAUAGAGACGUCCACCUGCUGGUAAUGCUCCACGGAGACUGCUGGAUGAACAAUAUCAUGUUCAAGUACGACGCAGGGAAAGUAGCUGAUGUCAGGUUCGUCGACUUUCAGCUGUCGACGAUGGGCAGCCCCGCUGUGGACGUGCAGCACUUCCUGUACGGCAGCACCAGCGAGGAGGUGCACCGGCGGCAGCUGGCCGGCCUGCUGUCGCUGUACCACGCCGAGCUGCAGAGCACGCUGCGCGCCCUCGGUCUGGCCGCCGAAGCGGACGCCUACCCGCUGGACAAGUUUCUCGAGGACAUGGAACGAGCCGCUCCAGAAGCCCUGAUCAGCACACUAGAUUCUCCUAAGCCUACCUGGCUAGCUCUUGUAACUGUCAACAAGUGGCUACAUGUUGCUGUUGCAAAUAAUUCGAUACGUGGACAGGGAGGCGGAAGUGGAAGUAUGCGCUGGGCUCCAGUUAUCCUGGGUACUACACUGUCUGCAAUUACUUUCGUUUUUGUUUGA